UAGCGCUUGGGCGACAUGACGUCACUCUGACCUCUAAACACACCGACUCUGCCUCGCGCGCAGAGUUGAACGCAAACGCGGCGAUGCUUGUCGCUCUGUUAGGAUUGGUAAAGCCUCUCGCCCCUCUCGCCCCAGUCGUCUCCUCGUCCGCGAGGUGUUGUCUGCUGCCGAGGCUGUUGUUGCCGUCGUCGCGGCGUUUCAACUCGAACCGAGCGUCCGUGGUGCGAACGGCGAGGAACGUGUAUCCGCGGCCGUACACGCUGCUGCUGGCUCGACCGGAUGGCUCCACGGUGCGGAUCCGCUACCUGGAGCCCAAGAAAAUCAUUAUGCUUCCCGUGGACCUUGACGCGCUGAGCGAGGAGGAGAAGCUGGCGCGACUGCGGGCACGCGGAGGCCGUAAGGAACGGCCAAAGUCGAGCGCAGAGGACGACCUGGGCGACGAGCUCCACACGGACACCUACAGCAAGUUCUGGAGGAAGAAGUGACGCUGGCGGCCCCGGGCAAUCGCCCCCCCCCUCCCCCGGAGUCUGCGGAGGCUGCUGCCGUAUUCGGUCAACCAAGUCCGUCAAAGUUCAGCUCUCCGAUGCGUGUCCGGGUUGUGCCGCGUGUUGUACGGCGUGACGUCCUGACGUUUCGCUCCACGGGCGGAACGUCGGACGUCAAGUCGAACAACUCGCGGUAACAAACCCGAACUGCACAUCGGAUGGGGCCUGUACAGCGCAACAGCGAUCUCCUACCGCAGUGCCACCUCACGUUGUCGGUCACCUCUAACCGCUAUUGACAGGAGCUUGAGUCGAUCGCGCACUUCCUGUCGAUCGCCCGUACGUACGUAUGUAUGUAGAACUUCUUUCGCACCGUAAAGUAGCCAACCGUGCUAAUCGGAGGUGCGGGGGAAGGACAACAAGCAGAGGUUUUUUUGGUUUAGACUGCGUAAAUAUGUGCCGUUAAUCACGCCACCAUCUAACACACACAAUUAGUAAAGUUUGUCACGUAAACAAAACAUUCCAAUUAGUUAGUGCUUCAGCACACCGGAGUGUUUAUAUUUGCGCGAUAUUACCCCAAAAAAACCUCAUGUAUAAUGUGUCGCGAAAGCCGCCUUGUUAAACUAGACAUCUCCCCACAGCAAGAUGUUAACGUAACCCUGUCUUGAUCAACAUUGAAAUAACGAUACUCAAAGCAAUUAGGGAAAAUGGGAAAGGCAAUUGCCAAUUUGGUUUGUCUCUUGCGUCGUUUGCAAUGUGUUUGUUUCCAUAAAUCUUUGUAGAUAAUUGUGUCCCGAAAGUGAAAUGUACAUUUUCCUGCCCUCUCAGCUUCUCUCCAACCACACAAGCUCACGAGCCUCUUAAAACACGAGUGUCAAAGUCAUCUACGCAGUAAACGAGAUAAGCCCCCCGACUCUGCUUUAAUAAACCGAGCCGUCAAUGUUUUAGAGACCCGAUUAAAGGAAACCUGGAGGACAAGGGGCGACGGCUAAAAAUGCGCGGCUGUGCUCGGCUGUUGCGUUGUUAACGUGCGCCAGUAAAAUAUUGUCACUCCGUGUGCUGUGCUUGCGUAAGCCUCAGCAGCGAGCGUGGCAACAAAACUGCUAUUCUGUUGCCAACGGGUUUUUUCUCAUAAUUCGCAGAUUUCCAUCAAACGUCUUGUGUGUGUGUGUAGUGUCCGUCGGCUUGCCCCCCCCCCCCCAUCCCGCCUCGUGCCCCGUGACGACUGCCGCCGACAACGUAGCCGUCGGUCUCAACGAGGAUUACAAGGGGAAGGGAAAAAUAUUUUUAAUAAACACCCCCGUUGAAAUAACAUAAAAA